AUGGAGGAGUACCUGGCAAACAUGAGGACCCUACGCAGCUACAUGAACGAUCUGGAAGAGGAGGCAGCGAAGCGGUCAGCGGAGGAGCAGAGGCAGCGCACGGCCAUAGAUGCUCACGACAGCGACAUCGCCUUAGGUUCAAAUGUCUCUUGUUUCUAUCACUGGAUUCGCGCUGCUAAUUUUGCCGUCUUGGUUGAUGAUGUCGCUGUUUAUGUUUGGGCAGUGAGGGCGCAGGCGAAACAGGUGAGCAACGAGGCCGAGCACCUUGCCAAGGCGAGGGCGCAUGUCUGUGUGGAGAUGGCUGAGAAGCAGGGUAGGAUCGCCUCACUGGAGGUCGUGGGUGCCACGCUGAAGCAGGUGAGGAUCCUGGAUUGUUCGUUGUAG